AUGCAUGAGUCUGGAAGUUUUGCAGCAUCACGUUCUAGGCGUGAGAAGAAGUCUAGAAGAGGCCAGCAAGAAGCACUGGAACGUCUGAAAAAAGCCAAAGCCGGCGAAAAAAUAAAAUAUGAGGUUGAAGAGUUCACAGGUGUUUAUGAUGAAAUAGAUGAGGAAGAAUACUCCAAGAUGGUUAGAGAACGUCAGGAUGAUGACUGGAUUGUUGAUGAUGAUGGCAUAGGUUAUGUAGAAGAUGGAAGGGAAAUCUUUGAUGAAGAUCUGGAUGAUGAUGCUCUUGGUUCCAAUAAGAAAAGAAAAGGUGGCAAAACAUCCACAGUGGAUAAAAAGAACGUGAAAAAAUCUGUGGUGUCAAAGCCAAACACAAUUAAGUCUAUGUUUAUAGCCAGUGCUGGGAAGAAAAACACAGAUAAAACUGUGGACCUGUCAAAGGAUGAUUUACUAGGGGAUAUUCUUCAAGAUCUUAAUGCUGAAACUGUUCAGAUAAGUCCGCCACCAAUUAUAAUGCUGAAAAGGAAAAGAUCUGCUGGAGUACCACUGAAUCCUUUCUCUGUGCAGUCCCAAACUCCUAAGGUAAUAACCCCUAUAUCAAAGAAAGCUCCUCCUCAUCUCAGAAAAGAAGCUCUUCCUCCAGCUUUAUUUCGUCCUAAACAUCCCAAUUACAGAGCAAAAUCUGUCAUAGUCUCUGAAAAUGAGGAUACCAAGUAUGCGCAAAAAGCUACGGAAAAUGGGGGAAUAGUGAAGACAAUAGAAGAGAAAGCUAUUGAAGAUGAUGAUCAGGGAAUGAUGGAUUUUGAUGAGGAGGACUUUGAUGAACCUAUGGAAGCAGAGCAUGUGGAAACUAUACCUGAGACAGAAGAAAGCUUGAAGAGAGACAAGGAUAUUGAAAAGAAAGAGGCAGAGCAGCUGGAAUUAGAGAAGAAAGAGACAUCUGUCUUAAGUUGUUCUCUUCCAGAUAUCUCAUGUUGGGACAGAAUUGAUGAGGACGAAGCUGAUCUAGCAGUGGCAGAAGUUCAGCUGGACCCCGAUCUCCUUCCACUUGUGAAUGGGGAAAAUGAAGAUCAAGUCUUAAGGUUUUAUUGGCUGGAUGCUUACGAAGAUCAGUACAGUCAGCCAGGUGUGGUAUUUUUGUUUGGCAAAGUUUGGAUUGAAUCUGCAAACACCUAUGUCAGCUGUUGUGUGACAGUGAAAAAUAUUGAGAGAACUGUUUAUCUACUGCCACGUGAAACAGAAAUAGACUUAUCCACUGGCAAAGAGACGGAGACUCCAGUAACUAUAAUGAGUGUUUUCAAGGAAUUUAAUGACUGCAUUUCACCAAAGUAUAAGAUCAUGAAGUUCAAAUCCAAGAAAGUGGAAAAAUAUUAUGCUUUUGAGAUCCCGGAUGUUCCAGCAAAAUCUGAAUACUUAGAAGUUAAAUAUUCGGCUGAAUGCCCUCGGCUUCCCCAAGAUCUGAAAGGACAAACAUUUUCACAUGUAUUUGGAACUAACACCUCUAGCCUGGAACUUCUCUUGAUGAGUAGGAAGAUCAAAGGACCAUGCUGGCUGGAAAUAAAAAAUCCACAGCCUUCAAAUCAAUCAGUCAGCUGGUGCAAGGUGGAAGCUGUGGCCAUGAAGCCUGGCUUGGUGAACGUGGUGAAAGAUCUUUCUCCUCCUCCUCCUCUUGUGGUCAUGUCCCUCAGCAUGAAGACCGCUCAGAACCCAAAGACUCACCAGAAUGACAUUGUGGCUGUGGCAGCUCUGAUUCAUCAGAAAUUUCCUUUGGAUAAGGCUCCACCUCAGCCUCCUUUUCAGACACACUUCUGUGUUGUUUCCAAACCGAACGAUUGCAUUUUUCCUUAUGACUUCAAAGAAGCUAUUAAAAGGAAGAAUGCUAAAAUAGAAAUUGCUGCAACAGAGAGAACACUGCUGGGAUUUUUCCUUGCAAAGAUUCACAAAAUUGACCCAGAUGUUGUGGUGGGUCAUAAUAUUUAUGGAUUUGAUCUGGAAGUGCUGCUUCAAAGAAUUAAUGUGUGCAAAGUCCCUCACUGGUCCAAGAUAGGUCGACUGAGGAGGUCCAAUAUGCCAAAGCUUGGGGGUCGAGGAGGGUUUGCUGAAAGGAGUGCUGCCUGCGGUCGAAUGAUCUGUGAUGUAGAAAUUUCUGCUAAAGAAUUAAUUCGUUGCAAAAGUUACCAUUUGUCUGAACUGGUCCGUCAGAUUUUGAAAACAGAAAGGACAACAAUUCUACCAGAGGAAAUUCAAAAUAUGUACAGUGAUUCUCCUCACUUAAUGUUCAUGCUGGAAAACACCUGGACAGAUGCCAAGUUCAUUCUCCAGAUCAUGUGUGAGCUGAAUGUUCUGCCACUGGCCCUUCAAAUAACAAACAUCUCUGGGAAUGUCAUGUCGAGGACAAUGAUGGGUGGACGAUCUGAACGUAACGAGUUCUUGCUGCUUCAUGCAUUUCAUGAAAAAGACUACAUAGUGCCGGACAAACAAGUUUUUAAAAAGCCUCCGCAGAAGCUGGUGGAUGAAGAUGAAGAUUUUGAAGAUCAGAAUAAAUCAAAGAUAGGGAAAAAGAAAGCAGCAUAUGCUGGGGGCUUAGUCUUGGAUCCCAAAGUCGGUUUUUAUGACAAGUUUAUUUUGCUUCUCGACUUCAACAGCUUGUACCCAUCAAUUAUCCAGGAGUUUAACAUCUGCUUUACCACAGUGCAGCGACUGUCAUCAGAAGCACAGAAAAGGGCAGAG